UUUUAUCAAUACGAUUAUCAUGUACGUUUUAGUUCUCUUGUGCAUAGUUUUCCUCUUGUGGUGUAUACAUUAUCACUGGAAGAGAUGGAGACUUUUCCGAAUUUCCUGGAAUAUUCCAGGCCCAACAAACUUGCCCUUUUUGGGCGCCAGUUAUCUAUUUUUAGGCAAAAGUGCACCAGAUAUUGCCACUAGAUUUAUUAAAUUUUUUGAGGAUUAUCCCGAUUUAGGGAAAUUCUGGAUGGGAGAGGAAUUGUUUUACAUCGUCACGAAACCGGAAUAUUUGGAAAUUAUUUUAAACCAUCCAGGAGCUUUAGAGAAGAUGGACAUGUACAAAUACAUGGUACCGGUUAUUGGCAAUGGGUUAAUUUCAGGACCAGUAAAAGUUUGGAAGAAACAUCGAAGAAUAAUCGUGCCGACUCUCAAACAAACAAUUUUAAACACUUUUCCAGAAAUUAUUGCCCAACAGUGUGACAUUUUGCUCGAAAUCCUCGAAAAACAGUGUAAUAAAGGUGAAAUAGAUCAAUACAAGUACAUUGCAAAUUUUUCAAUGGAUGUUGUUAGUGAAACCAUUUUCGGUGUUCCCCUAAAUGCCCAAAUCACGAACGCAAAUUAUGGUCAAACUUUUAAUAAAAUAAUGGAAGUGGUUUUUAUGCGAAUUUUCCGACUCGAUUACCACUCCGAUUUGCUUUUUUCUUGGACUAAGGAAUACAAAGCGGAACGAGAAAAUGUAAAAGUGGUUAAGGAAAUAACACGUGAUUUAAUUGAGAGGAAGAAAGAACAACUUAUGUGUCAAUUAGAAGUUGAAGAAGAUAUAAAAAAACCGUUCCUUGAAGUCCUUGUUGAAAACUACCUCAAACAGGAACUAACUUAUGAAGAGUUGGAAGACGAAGUUAGCACAUUCCUAUUGGCUGCAUCUGACACAAACGCAACUUCUGGUAGUUUCGUUUUGACACUUCUUGGGAUGCACCAAGACAUUCAAGAGAAACUCUACGAUGAAAUAAUCCAAGUUUUGGGCCCCGAACGCCCCCUAAAUUUUGACGAUUUACCCCACCUCAAAUACACAGAGCGCACAAUCAAAGAGUCACUUCGGUUGUUUCCGGGGGCUCCUUUCAUAGCGAGAAUCGCCGAAGAGGAUAUCAAUUUAGGCGAAGUAGUGAUUCCCCGAGGAUCGAACAUAGCUGUAGGUUACGUCCAUUUGCAUCGAAGUGAAAAAUACUGGGAGGAGCCUCUGAAAUUUGAUCCUGAUCGUUUUCUGCCUGAAAAUGUUUCAAAAAGACAUCCAUACACGUGGCUGCCGUUUUCAGGCGGGCUCAGGAAUUGUGUCGGAGGCAAAUUCGCAAUGAUGGUCAUGAAAAUAAUGAUAGCAAUGGUUAUACGAAAAUUCCGGGUUACGAGUUCAGUCAAGUGUGUUGAAGACAUCGGCCUGACGGCAAAUAUCGUCCUUAAGCCCAAAAUGGGCUUCAAGCUGACCUUCACCUUGCGCCAAUAAAAAAAAGUGAUUAUACAGGGUGUUUCCGCCAAAAAAUUGCAACCACAUAUUUGAAAUACCUCAAGUGGGUUUUAAUUUUUGUCACGAAACUUUAUCACCCUGUAAAAUUGACAGCCUAUAUAUUACCAAAAUCGACCAUUUUGGAUUUUGAAAUUUGAAGUUUUAAACCACGCAUUUUUUACACUUUUGAACUACUCAAGUUAUUGCCAUGCUAUGCUAAAAUAUUUAAAGAAACAAAAAAAAAGAAAGCAAUUAACUUAUUUUUUUUCUAGAUGUUUUUCGCAUAUUUAGUUGUAAGAAAGAAUUUUUCUUUUUUCUUUUUUUUACAUUUUACAUUUUUUUAUUCUUGUUCAAAUUUUAUAUCCUUUAAAAUACUUCUGGAUGUAUUAUCUAUUUUUUCAUUCGUAUUUUUUUAGUUCUAAAUUUUUUAAUAUGUACUUACUUACUACUUUUUUGUUUUUUUACAAUUAUUUUUAAUUUUUUGUUAAGAAUUGGCUUUGAAAAUUUCAGUUUCCACUCUAUUAUGUGCUUAAAUCUACCAAAUUUGACAUUUCGUGGACCGGUUUAGCAAAAUUUUGCAAAUAAAAAGAAAAAUUUUGACUGAAAAAUGUGUUAAAGACUUGAAAAUGGCAGAAAUAACACCAUUUUGAACCUGCUCAGGUAUUUUUUCCACUUAUUUUUAAUAAAAUUUUGCAAAAUAAAGGCGUUUCUAAAUGAAAAUGUAUGUAAUCGCUGUCAAAAUAUGCAAAAAUAAAGUCAGUUUCGACCAAAUUUAGUAAUUUUUCAGG